AUGGAAAGCAAUUGUCAGACUAACUUUACGAUUGUUUCACAAAACGAUCAUAUUGCUACAAGUGUCAAUGCUAUACAAAAUACUUCAAACCAUAAUGAUAUUUUUUCUCACUUGACAUCUGAACCUAAUUUUGUUAUUAAUAGCGAGCAUCAACAAAAUAGUAUUAUGCAACCGAUGACUUUAAGUAAUGCUGUUCAAAUUUUUCAGGAAUCUCCUAGUUAUUCAACCAAUUAUAUUCAAGAGAACUUUAAUAUGGUUAGACAUUCAUUCUUUUAUAGGCCUUGCAAUGAUGAUCAUAUUUAUCAAAUCAACUGUGAAGAGACAACCUUUGAAGAAACUAUUUCUCAAUUAAUAAAUAAUUAUUUGAAUUCAUCUAAUUCAAAUAAUUCAUUUUUAUUCUACUUUCAACAACCUAAUGACAAAAGAAUCUAUCAAGUUGUAUGUGAAAAGAUCAAUAUUUAUAGCAAUGAAAUUAAACCAAACGAUAUGGAAUUUUCUGAUAGACAUAAAGAAAAUCUUGAAUAUUACUUGAAACAAUUUCUGGUUAUUUAUUUGGCACCAAAGGAUAGUUUUGGGCAAUUAUAUAUUAAUAUUGGGCAAGAUAGCUUUGUUGAAAAUGGUAAUGCUUCGCAAUUUUCUAUGCCUCAACAAGAUAAUAAUAAUCAGAUAAUUUCCUCCCAAAAUGAUGGUGGAAAUCAUAUUCGAGAUAAUAACUCUAAUAAUUUAGUAUAA